ACGCCCCCUCCCAUGCAGCGCGGUUCCGGAGGGUGGGAAGGAGGGGCUGGGCUCCGAGCGCCCGCCCCUCCAUCUAUCACAUGGCCGGAGAGUCACAAAAACAACAGCUUUGGCCAAGACCGUGACUUCUGGACAGGGAACCCAGCUCCGGCAGCCAGCCCCCUCCCCAUGGAGGACAGUUUGCUUGAAUCCUUUGGGAGGCUGAGCCUCCAGCAGCAGCAGCAGCAGCCGCCGCCGCCGCCGUCUCGGCUGCCGCCCCCCCGGGGGACGCCUCCGCGCCGCCACAGCUUUAAGAAACACCUCUACCUCCUGCGAGGCCUCCCGGGCUCCGGGAAAACCACACUGGCCAGGCAGUGUUCUAGAUACUUGGGAUUCACCAGUGAACAAAACAAAGAUCCUGCCCAUGUGGACCUUGUAUGCCAGAGACAAUUGCAGCAUGACUUUCCCAGGGCCCUGAUUUUCAGCACGGAUGAUUUUUUCUUCAGGGAAGAUGGUGCCUAUGAGUUCAAUCCUCACUUCCUGGAGGAAGCUCAUGAAUGGAACCAGAAAAGAGCAAGAAAAGCAAUGAGGAAUGGCAUAUCCCCCAUUAUAAUUGAUAAUACCAACCUCCACGCCUGGGAAAUGAAGCCCUAUGCAGUCAUGGCACUUGAGAAUAACUAUGAAGUUAUAUUCCGAGAACCUGACACUCGCUGGAAAUUCAACGUUCAAGAGUUAGCAAGAAGAAACAUUCAUGGAGUCUCAAGAGAAAAAAUACACCGGAUGAAAGAACGGUAUGAACACAAUGUUACCUUUCACAGCGUGCUGCAAGCAGAGAAGCCAGGCAGAAUGAGCAGAAACCAGGACAGGAACAGCGCCUCCCCUUCCCCUGGCGCGCGCUACUGGCACUCCUACGCCGAGCUCCCGGCGCGCAGGGCCCCCGGCGCCUUCACGCACCAGACCUCCUAUAACAGAAGGGGCCGCUGUCACCACGGAUACUGAAGGCCCACCGACAGCCACUCAGAAGUGUCCUCAGUUUGUAUCUCCACUUCUGGUACUUCCUCUGCGUUCCGUCUUAGUCAGAGCUCUAUUUCCAGUGUAAAUAGUCCAGCCCAGGUUCGAGCAGAGGCCGCCUCUUCAUCUUCAACACGCACCUGCUGAGGGGUCCUGCUCCCGCGGUCUGAUGCUGGGCAUCCUGCAGAUGGCUUUAAGGGAAGUGGCUUUCUCUAGGGAAAGAACUAAUUUUAAACUGGAACUUGAGAACAUUCCCAAGGACAUAAUCAAUUAGUUACACAGAUUCAUAAACAAAGUAUUUAUAUUAAAUAUAGGCUUCAGUACCAAAUUUUCUUUAUAAUUUAUUUUUUCAGAAAACACAUCUCCAUAGGGAAAGUUGGGAAAGUGAGAGGCAGGAAGUUUUAGUGCCACUGCUACUUUAAUAAUCUACGUAUCCAAAAAUGUGAGAUGUGUGACUGAUGAUGACACUGAUUUUCCUUUAAAAUGAACAGGCUGGCAAGUGUCUGUCUAAGGGAACAUGUCCUCGGAAGCAGCAGCUUGGGAAGUGAUCCCUUUAUUCUAAUGACGUAUCGUUUCUAGAAAUGUUCGUCAACUCCGCAAUAGCGCUAUCUAUAUAAACAGCUGAUAAAAAUCAAUGUCAUUAUUUAAAGUCACCCUUUUGUGUUUUAACUACCACUUUAUUAAACCAGAUUCAACUUGAAUCUUUUGGCUGUUGUGCUAAGUGUAAAUAAAACAAGCCUGCCUUCAUAAAACACCAGUUUUUAAGAGGAGUAAUUGAUUUCUAACUUUAGGCCAAUGAACAUCUGUAAUCAGUCUGCAGCUCAAACGUUUGGAGUAUAACGAUUUAACAAGAUAUAGUUAAUACAGGGAUAUGAAAAAGCCAUGCUCACUUUAAGAUGAGCAAGUCUUGAUGUUUUAUGUAGCAUUAAGACAGUAAAAUUCCACCAAAGCUCUGGAAUGUCCCUGUUACAUGACACAGAAAUUAUAUUUCCAAAUUCCAACAGAUUGGAAUUAAUUUGAUGUGAGACCAUGAUAGGUAAGACCAGGUGAAGUGUAUGCUUUAUUUAUCGGUGGCCAGCAGCUUCUUUCUAAUGUUUUGUGAAGUAUGAAGUGUCCUAUCAAAUGGUGCUUUUAUGGUUAUUAAAAAUUGUAUAUGGUAAAUUGCA